CAUAAUUCAACAGUUGUUGUGUUCACAGAAGCUGAUAUCCUUUGACAAUUCCAAAAAUGUUUAAAUUUAUCCUUGUAGCUUUCGCAAUGAUUGCCAGCGCUAUGGCUGCUCCUGGUUAUGUGGCUGGUGGUUAUUUGGGUGGACAUGCCAUUGCCGCAGCACCUGCCAUUACGUAUGCCAAUACCUAUGCGGCUCCCACCAUUACGAAAAUUGCUGCUGCUCCUGCCGUCGCCUAUGCUGCUCCUGUCGCAAAAGUCGGCUAUGCUGCACCAGCCUUAGGCUUAGGCUAUGGUCAUAAUUUGGCUUAUGGUGGUUUGGGUUAUGCCCAUGGUUUGGGUCAUGUUUGGUAAAAUGGAAGAAAUAAUGAAUGAAUCCAAGAAUUGAAUACGACAAAGUUGUUAUCCUCGAAACGCUUAUUUAUCGAAAUUAUUUAUUAUUAUCAUUUGAAGCAUUAUUUUGAAAUUUCCUCGAUUUAAAUAUAUAUAUUGAA